AUGUCCGCUCCUAUCCCUCAAUAUUCCAUGUCUGAUUACGCCAAAUUCGCACUGGCUGGUGCGAUUGGCUGUGGUGUGACCCACUCCGCUAUGGUUCCAAUUGAUGUCGUCAAGACUAGAAUCCAGUUGGAACCAACUGUUUACAACAAGGGUAUGGUCUCGUCUUUCAAGCAGAUCGUCUCUGCUGAGGGUGCGGGCGCUUUGUUAACUGGUUUCGGUCCUACUCUGCUCGGUUACUCCAUGCAGGGUGCUUUCAAGUUCGGUGGUUACGAGGUGUUCAAGAAGCUGUUCAUUGACACCUUGGGCUACGACCAAGCUGUAAACUACAAGAACUCGAUCUACAUCGGUUCCGCUGCUAUCGCUGAGUUCUUCGCUGACAUUGCGUUGUGUCCUUUGGAAGCCACAAGAAUCAGAUUGGUGUCCCAGCCAUCUUUCGCUGACGGUCUUUUCGGCGGUUUCUCUAGAAUCCUGAGAGAGGAGGGUGCCGCUUCUUUCUACAACGGUUUCACCCCUAUCUUGUUCAAGCAAAUCCCCUACAACAUCGCCAAGUUCUUGGUUUACGAGCGUGCUGCCGAGGUCUACUUCGGCAUGGUCGGUCCAAAGGACACCUUGUCUAACACCACCGCUACUGGUUUGAACUUGCUGUCUGGUUUGACCGCUGGUUUGGCUGCCGCUGUUGUUUCUCAGCCAGCCGACACCUUGCUGUCUAAGGUCAACAAGGCCAAGAAGGCCCCAGGCCAGUCCACCAUCGGUUUGUUAGGCCAGCUGGCCAAGGAGUUGGGUUUCGUCGGCUCUUUCGCUGGUCUACCUACUCGUUUGGUCAUGGUUGGUACCUUGACCUCUCUGCAGUUCGGUAUCUACGGUACUUUGAAGAAGUCCUUGGGCUGCGCCCCAGCUAUCGAGAUCGCAAGCAAAUAA